AUGGCGCGGCGGUAACGGUUCGGCGGCUGCACGUAGUUUAGGAAGAAAAUCAUACGUGGUAAUGUCGCCUCACACGUAAAAAGUUGUAACUAGACAGAGUCGACCAUGAAUGCUGGUGCCGUCGUUUUGCUUGCUUUUAUAUCACAUUCCCUGAUGGUGCCUGUCCUAUCUAGCGGUAGCGACUGGGGAUAUGAAGAUGCGAACGGACCGACAACAUGGCCGACAGCAUUCCCAGCUUGUGCUGGAGAAUCACAGUCGCCAAUAAACAUUGUGGAGACUGAAUCGAGCGAUAUGGGAACUUUUGAGUUGACUGGGUUUUCUAACUCUCCCCCUACUGAUUCUACCAUGACACUGAAGAACACAGGACAUGGAGUUCAGGUGGACCUUGUGGGAGAUUACCUCAUUAAUGGCGCAUGUCUACCAAGUGAAUACAGAGCAAUACAAUUCCAUUUUCACUGGGGAAGUACGAAUGAUAAAGGAUCAGAACAUCGAGUCAAUGGUGACAUGUACUCUGUCGAGAUGCACAUUGUGUCAUUUGAUCACAUCAACUUCGCGACAGUAGCUGACGCUCUUGAAGACGCUCAAGGUGUGGCUGUCUUAUCUACUCUGAUUGAGGUUGGUGUCGAAAACAAUACAGCUUUUGAUAACAUUUUCGAUUAUUUGGAUGAAGUGGUAUAUCCAGAUGAGACCUACUCCUAUUCCGAUACGUUCCCGAUCUUAGCGAUGAUGCCUUCUGACCUGACAACGUACUACCGCUAUCAAGGUUCACUCACCACCCCGCAAUGUAACCAGGCUGUGAUUUGGUCAAUAUUUCAAUCGCCUGUGCAGAUUUCGCAAGAACAGUUGGACCAGUUUCGUACUCUCAAGUUUAACGCUAUGGGCGAAGCUGACAACCCGAUGGUAGACAACUUUCGUCCACCCCAGCCUCUCAACGACAGGGUGGUCUAUAUCAACGACUUGUCAGCAUCACCAUGCGAAGAAUCGUCGGCGGCCAUGGUCUACGCUAGGUCCGGUGUUAUUAUAGCAGCCAUGGCGAUAGUGAAUGCGUUCAUUAAAUUUUAAAUGCACGUGAAACAGAAGUCAGAGCGUUAAUCAAGACUAUUAAUUCAAUCUAGUACUUAAUUCCUGUUUUUGUAUGGUCAUUCUUAAGUGUUUUUGUGACAAUUGCGCAUUAUAUUACUCUGUCAAUGCGGCAGUGGAAUCAAUACGAAACCACUUGCUCGAUUGGUCACAAAACCCUAACACACAACAUUUAGACCAAUCAGCACCUUGUUUGGUGACAGUUUUGCUACAUAUAAAGUUCUGUCUUGUAUAUAUGCUUCGACACAACUGGCAAUAGUACGCAUGGUCGGGCAGGUGAAUUGUUCUGAACGUUUUGUCCCAUCUUGUUGCAUUUUUACAAAACCAACCAGUUAAUACUGUCAUAAUUUCCUAUCACUUUCCCAGUCUAUGUACAGAAUAAAACACUACAGUAGCAUGUGGUACAACGGUAACUGUAAAUGCAUGUUUUUUUUUUUAAUUCAUUCACAUAAUGAUCACGUGGUUGUCAGUGAUUCUGGAGUGUCCUAUGAGGUUCUGCAAUAUUAUAAUAAAGGGUACAACUACCGGUUACGGUGUUUUAAGUUCCUUUUUCCGAGAUCACAUUAUAAGAACCUUUCAUAGUGCACGUUGUUAUUCAGAGUGUUGAAAUCAAGUUUUUAGAGUAUAGUUCUCUCAGAGGUUAUAAACAGUCAUAAUACUUUGUAUUGCACCACCGUGACGACUGUCGUCAAUUUGCCAAUGUGAAUUCUAGAAUUUCCGUGGUUAUAUGCCGUAGCCGUGGUUAUAAAGCGGGAUACGAGGUCAAAAUACCGACAGCUCCGAAUAUGUGACAAAUAGACCACCUCGUAUUCACAGAAUCAAUUUGACUGGCCGAAACUUCCAAUUCGCGACAGUCGUGGUGCAAAUUGGUGAAAUCAUGGUCACUUGAUGGCCAAGCUUUGCGCUCGUGCUUCAAAUGCCGUAACCAUCAUGUGACCAUGCUUUCACUCGUACAUACAUACUCGUACACUCGUACACUCGUACAUACUCUGUGGGGAAAAUUAGCAUAUUUGACGGGAGAUAAUAACCGAGCGUAUAUUCUUAAUCGAAUAUCCGGGCGUUAAAGCGGGGGAGUCGUCACCUGCGCAUGCGUCAGAUGGCCAUAGCGUGUCAUUGCUUACAAACAAGCGUCUACCCAUGAGCCUUUGCGUUUUAGUGUGUGUUAUCGUCGCCUGGGACUCAAUUCUCGCGUGUGCGCAUUUGACGACCCUCCCGCUUUAAGAUUAUAACCUCAUUGUCAUGGUCGCAUAAACAUAUAUCACGUUUAUGAUAUUAUAUUAUGUUUAUAUCACGUUGGUAUGUUUUUCAUUCUCUUAACGUCUUUUUAUGGAUUUUGUUAUCACAGGGGGUGACGAAGAGCCAUGGGAUUUUAAAUAUUCACCUGUAGAUGGGCGAAGUGCAUGCCAAAAUAGAUAAUAAUUGUAGUGUAUUUCAAUCAACUGGGGGAUAAUGUACAUGUAAAACGUGGCUAAACAAGUAAAAAUAUGUUUUAGUUGUGAUUUUUUUUUCAUUUACGCCGAUUUAUGAAAUAGAAGACAGGCACCGAGCGAAGCAAGUGUUGGAUUCAUACGAUAUUCAGCAAAUAAAGCGCAUGUUCAUCAUAGUGAUUUUUUGACAAUAAUAAUUCGUAUAAUUCGGGCAGAUCUUCUAGUGCCGAAUUUAAGACCUUGCUUCGGCCAUCAAAUGGCUAAAUCCAGACUAACCAUAUUACAAUUGUAUGUACAUUGUAUACAUGAUGACACAUGACAUCAUAAUAAAAGAUGGCCUAUUCGAUAAGCGUACA